AUAUUGAAUUAAUUGUUGUUUUCAAACAUUGACAAUCAAUCGUGCCAAAGGGUCGUUACAUUUGAUAAUUACAAUCUAGAUCUUGAUCAGAUUAAUGGAUUAGUUGAAAUUUCUGACCUCACCAUAUUUUACCAAUUCAACCAUACCUAAAUCUAAUUUUCUAUUUUCAUUCAUCUCUCUCUAUUUUUUUCUAUCCUAAAGGAAGAAAAUAAGCACACUCUUGAACCAAAAAUACAACAAAAUGGGUACUCCUUUCAAUGAAUUCAAAAAACAAGCUUCUUUCUUCCUCAAAGAGAAAAUCAAAACUGCUAGAUUAGCUCUAACUGAUGUCACCCCUGCAGAAUUAAUGAUAGAAGAGGCAACUAAUGAAAAUCCAUGGGCACCAAACACUGUAACACUUAGAUCAAUUUCAAAAGCUGCUUUUGAGCUAGAUGAUUAUUGGAGGAUUAUAGAGAUUCUACAUAAAAGAUUGGCUAAAUUUGAAAAGAAGAAUUGGAGGAUCUCUUACAAUUCCUUGAUUGUGCUUGAGCAUUUGUUGACUCAUGGACCAGAAAGUGUAGCAGAGGAGUUUCAGAGUGAUAAAGAUGUUAUUAACCAGCUUAAAGGUUUUCAGUAUAUUGAUCAACAAGGGUUCAAUUGGGGCCUAACUGUUAGAAAGAAAUCAGAGAGAGUAAUGAAACUGUUGGAAGAAGGAACACUUCUCAAGGAAGAAAGAAACCAAUGUAGAAGAUUAUCAAGAGGUAUUCAAGGUUUUGGAAGUUUCCAACAAAGAUCAACUUCAACACAAACCAUAUUACGCGAAAAAUCAUUGCCGACCACAAUUCGUAGAUGUGAUUCAGAUUCAAACAACUAUGAAGAUCAGGAAAAUAAGCCCUCUUUCUCAACCUUGGACAGCAAGAAAACAAUGAUAUAUCAAGAUGAUGAUAUUGCCAACAAUCAAUUGAUUCAGAAAUCUGAAUCAAGUUCUAAAGAAAACAUGGAACCUUGGAAGGAUGAAUGGAACAUGGAUGGAGAAUCAGAAUCAUUAUUGGAUUGUGGAGAAGAUGAUUCUUCUAGGCUUAUGAGGUUUAAAAUAGAAGAUGAUCACCCUUUUAAUUCAACAACAGGAAAACAUAGUACUGCUUCCUUGCUUUCUGCCAGAGAUGGAAUACUACAAGGUUGUUGAAGCAAUUUAGAUUUAAGUUAACUCAAUAAGUUAUUUUCAAAUAUUGUACAUGUAAUCAUGUAUCUGGUUUAUCAUUAUGUUUCUGGAAGAACCUCUCUUCAAUGGUCACAGUUCUUUUUCUUUUUUGGCUUAUCUAUGAAAAUAGAUUUUUUUUUUUUUCAAAACUCAGUAUCCGACCCUAGAAUCGGAUUUGGUAUGUAUACCUUUAUAUUUACUGUGUAAGGACUGUCUUACAUAUAUGCAA